AAAACAGUGUAUCGUAUUAGAGAAGACGAGAGUUCAAACGAUUUAAGAGUUUAAUUGACUCCGUGCUGUUUUAAUUAAAUGGAUAUUUUAUAUAUCCCGUGUUUGGCAUUCGUCCUGUCUGUCAUAUCUGCAUCAAAAGCUGCUCUUAUCUCAGAAAAGUGUACAAGUAAUUCCGAUUGUCCUGCAAACUCGAAAUGUCGGCCCAGUGGAUGCGAUGGAUACACGUGCCGCUGUGACGUCACAUUUGUUUAUAGUGACGACAGAUCCCAAUGCAUUCCUGGAAAACUGAUGGGGGAGGAGUGUAGUGGCAACUUAAACAAAUGCCUCUCUCCUUUUGCCGUGUGUAUGGAUGGGAUAUGUCAAUGUAACGAAUUGAUGGAACCCACAUCAGACGGUCGUUGUAAAGCGCCUUACGAAGCAGAACUACAUCACUCGUGUGUGGAGAAAUUCUGUGUUCUCUCCACCGAUUGUGUUGAUGAUGUGUGUGUGUGUCCAGAGGGGAAAAGGGAGAUAACUACAGAUGAGUACUGGUUGGAUCCCAUGAAAGCUAGGAAAUGUGUAGAUAAAACGUAUGAUGUCGCGUACUGUGAAGGACAACAGCUUCCGCUGCCUAUCCAUCCCCUAAAAGAUGACGGUAUUGAAGGAUCAGAGAAUGUGGUUGAUGGUUCUUGGAAUCGUACUGAUGAUAACACGGAUAAACAGUUCCCAAACAACAAAAUCAAUAACGAUGAUUUGGUGGAUUCGGACACUGACAGAGAAAUAGAAUAUCCAGAUUCAGUGUUAGACGAAAAAACAGUUAACAUAGAUGUAAACGAUAAUGAGGAUAAAUAUGAAUCCCAGAUCACAGAAACACAGGAUACAUCUUCAACUACAGCAAUUCCAUCUCUAGAAAAUGACUUAGCUAAUGAUAUGCCUAAUGACAUCAAAUCCAUCAAUGACUCAAUAAAACUUGAUUUGUCGGUAUCAGGGGAAACGAAGCCAACGACCGAAGUGUACGAGACAUUCACCACCGGUGUUACACUUAAAGCUGAAACAGGCCUAAGAGUAGGCGACAGCGCUUCUUCCGACAGUGCAUUCGGUCCCGAUAAUAAUGGCAUAGAGAAAGAAGGGACAGACUUUCGUACCGGUAUGGAUGAGCAUCACAUUGAAAACGAUGAAACGAAGGAUUCGGAUACUAUGGUUGAUAAAUUUCUUGCACCAACACAAAGAACAGGAAUUAACUCAUCUUUAUCAGUGAAUGAUGAUGAUCAGGAAACUGUAUCGGGUAUUAAAGUCAAUACAGCGUCGGUUACACAAACACAACCUCGACUCAAUAUGAGUAUCCAGUCCCAGGAAGGAAUUAAAACACUUUAUAGUUUUAACAUGUCAAAAGAAUUUGUAGACUCCAACGACACUCGAAUUCCGUAUGUCCAUCGGGUGAAUGAAGAUCCUAGAAAUACAACUAAACCGGCAAUGGAAGAUACCAAACAUGUAUAUAAUAAUGUUCAUUUCGGCAUAAGACAAGGGACGCCAUUGCUUUCUAAAUUUCCAGACAAUAUGGUCAAUAAUCGACAAUUGCAAAAGCUCGUCGAUGGUUUAUUUGGCUAUCUAUUGAAAGGUAAAAGAAGGGUAAGCAUCUAUUAUGGUUGCUCCACAGACGUCCAGUGUCCCGAGCAUGCGCACUGCACUCGAAGAGGGUGUAAUUCACACAAACAAUGCCUAUGCAGGGAGGGCUUUAUGCCAAAUGUCAAUGGAACCCACUGUAUGCAAGAUGCCUCGCGCCCAUGCCUGCUGAAUGAGUUCACCUGCUCCAACGCUCGAUGCAUCCCUUUGUCGUGGGUUUGUGAUGGUCACGAUGAUUGCUAUCAUAGCGAAGACGAGUCCGAAAAAUGCACCACUGUACAGUUAGCAGACGAUGAUUCUGUGACAACAACGAGGGAUGGCAUACUUCGACUACAUGAAAAAUUGUCUCACGAGGCAACGAUGCGAAUGCAUUUGGAAAGAAAUGUACAGGACCUGCGAGAUGAAAUAUCGCGAUUGAAGGAUAUAUAUAAUAGUAGAACUACGAAAAAGGAGCCAUCAUUGGAAAACCCGCCAGUGGAUGAAAAUAGCCAAAGAAGCCGAAUGGUCAAAGAUAUAUUUUAUGAAGGGUUUCCGGACGAAAUUCAAAAUUUACUAAAGAUGAGUGAAGUUUAUACAUUGUGGGGAAGAAGCCUGUGUCCCAGAGAUUCAAACACAAGGACGAUUUACUCAGGUGUUAUGGCAAUCGGAAGUACAGAUGCACAAAAUAAUGGAGGUCAAGGUGUUAUUUGUCUUCCAAAAGUACCUGAAUAUAAUUCCAGUUCCGAAAACCCGCACUUCAAUGACCACACGAAGAGUAUUUCCGGUUUUACCUACCAUCUCACUUGUGCUGUUUGUCAAAUACAACUAGCAUCUGCCGUUCUCACGAUACCGGCUAAAGUGACUUGUCCGAAAGACUGGAGGAUUGAAUAUAUAGGGACACUGGUCACCUCUGGAGGCAGUGACGGGGGGACGUCAAGUCAUGUGUGUGUAGAAAAAAGUGCAAUCUACAAUGGCGGACUGAAAGACAGUAGAAGUCUUGGCCCGGAUCUCUAUCCUGUUGUUGUCGAAUGUGGGCGGAUCCCAUGCCCGCCGUAUAGGAAGAACCACGUAAUACCAUGUGUUGUUUGCUCUGUUUAAAUCGUAGUUGUGAUAGGUAAUUGAAAGCAAUGUAGAAAGUAAUUUUGAUCAAACUUCAGUGUCCGAAUUCAAAGUUUGACUUUUUUUUUGCCUACGUUUUGAUAUCGUUUUCAAAAAGUACCAAGAAGCCCCCUAUAAAAAAAUCUAGUGGUAAUCGUGGAAGAAAUGAUAUUUAUACGACAGUCACACAGUGGAUACCGAAUACAGAGAAUAUUUGACUCCGUGUAAUGUUCACCCUCGUCGUUGGACGAAUUCAAGAUCAUUUUCUCUUAUAUUUCUCCUUUAAAACACCUAUGCCAGAGCGAAUUAAAGGAGAGAAGCUGUUUGCAGAAGUAGAAGACCGAAAACAAGGGGAGGCACACCCCUGUAUAGUUGUUGCAAGUGUUG